AUUUUUCUAUCCACUUGAAUGAGCCUCACAUAGAUGUCUUAGCAAACAAUCCUCAAACAAUAUCUGUCUGUAUAAUUCCGCCGAUCAUGUAAACCGAGAACAUCAUUCUUAAAGGAACUGUGACUUAUCAGAAAUUGGAUAUUUUGAAGUCGCACAUCAAGACGCGAAGUUAAGGUCAAAGGCUGUGCAGCAGUUUUACACAGAUGAAAGUUUUAACUAAACGAAGGAGUGUACUUCCCUUGAGGAAAACAGUAUAGUUCGAAUACAAAAAUGGCCAAAUUUUCCCUCAGGAACGAACUUGGACGCUACAUUGUUGCAAUAGCAUGGAUGGCAGUUAACAUAUAUUUAUUCGUCAGUGCCUACAUAUCUCUUCAGACAUCCCCAACGAACUUCUACCUCAGAGUAAUUGUCAAGGAAGGAUUAGCUUUUGCCCGUGCUUCGGCUGCAGUGUUGAACUUCAACUGUAUGCUUAUUCUUUUGACUAUGUGCCGUAACCUCCUGUCAUUCAUUCGAGGCCUCAGGUGUGGUACCAGUGUCCUUCGCCUUCUUGACAAGCAUAUGACGUUUCAUAAGUACAUUGCGUACAUGAUAUGCUUCCAGACAGCCAUUCACAUAGUAGCACACGUUUUUAAUGUGGAAUUUUUCAUUGACUCACAUGCGAGUAAGGACGAGCUAGUUCAAAGAUUGAACAGCUUUGAGGACCAGGGGAGUGAAAGUUAUCUAAACCCCAUACGGGAUGCGAACGCUGUUCCAGUAGUGGAGCUGUGGAAAUUAGCGGCUGGUAUUACUGGAGCUGUCAUAACCCUUUGCCUCAUUUUGAUGCUUUCUUCUGCCACGGAACUAAUCAGGCGGUCGUAUUUUGAAGUGUUUUGGUAUAACCAUCAUCUGUUUGUGAUCUUCUACAUUGGACUGGUUGUUCAUGGAAUACAGGGUGUGGUACGAUUUCAGCAGAACAUUGAUGAACAUGACCCUGAAAUCUGCCACAAAAAUUUGACCAUGUGGGGCAAGGAGGGAGAUUGCAAAGCACUUCCCAAAUUUGUUCCUUUUGGAAUGAAUACCUGGAAGUGGGUUGCUGGACCAAUGUUCCUGUACCUCGUUGAACGUGGAAUCAGAUUUUAUCGCUCAUUCCAGACAGUUAAAAUUAUGAAAGUAGUUAACCAUCCAUCUAGAGUUAUCGAGAUCCAGAUGAAGAAAGCUGGCUUCCAUCAUGAUGCUGGACAGUACAUUUUUCUGAAGUGUCCCAAACUCUCUCAUUUGGAGUGGCAUCCUUUCACUUUGACAUCGGCCCCUGAGGAUGAUUUCUUCUCUGUACAUAUUCGAAUCGCUGGGGACUGGACAGGUGGACUGGCAAAACUUUGUAGCGGUGACGGAAAAGAAACAAGAAGCCUGGCUGAUAUGCCGAGACUUGCAGUAGAUGGGCCCUUUGGAACAGCUACUACGGACGUUUUUAAGUAUCCCGUGAUUAUGUGUAUUGGAGCUGGUAUUGGGGUAACACCCUUUGCGUCUCUCCUGAAGUCCAUCUGGUAUCAGUAUUAUCAGGACAACGUUAACCCAGUGGUUAAAAAAGUGUACUUCUUUUGGAUUUGUCCCGACACGAACGCGUUCGAAUGGUUUACAGAUCUUUUGCAGUAUCUUGAAGAAAGAAUGGUGGAAACUGGAAAUGGAGAAUUCUUGGAAUAUAACAUUUACCUCACCAGAGGUUGGGGUCCAAAUAUGGCCCGCACCAUUGUUCUACACGAAGAUGAGGAGACGGACAUAAUCACCGGAUGUAAACAAAAGACUCGCUAUGGUCGACCAGAAUGGAACGGAAUCUUUGGCGGAAUUGCUCGAGCUCAUCCAAGAACAAACAUUGGAGUAUUCUUUUGUGGUCCAGCUGUCCUUUCACAUCAGCUUCACCAAACAGCCAAUGCACAUAGCAAUGUUGUUGAAGGAACAAAGUUUUACUACAACAAAGAAAAUUUCUGAAGCUUUGGACGCGAUUACUUUAAGCAAUUUUCGAAGAAAGCAACAUUUUUCACCUUUGUUUUAUCAUAGAAUAAUCUAAUACUUGUUGAUUGCAGUUUUUUGUUGCUGUACAAAAUUAAUAGAAUUUAAACAUUUAAAGAAUCCACAAUACACAAGGUAAUAAAAGCUACUUUUCAACUUCAGUUUCUUAGAUCGCAUAAAAACAUUGAGUGGACGUAGUUUGUUACUUCGUAUUUGACGUUUGCAUGACUGAAUGAAUCAUCGUGUUGAUGUAUUCCUCUAGCCAUAAAAAUUCAAGGCUUUGUUAGAUAAUUUGCUUCAGUAGUUCUUUUAAUCAUAUUUAUUAAAAGUAAAAUUGAAGUAUUUAGUUAACGUGAUAUUGUAAUUUUAUUUCCUAGGAAUGUAAAAUAAAUUUAAAUACACCCCAUGAAACUUUAUUUUUCUAUUUAUUUGCGUUCUUUUAGAAAGAAAUCGUCGGACCUUAAAAUUGUUUGUAAUAUCUAGUGAGUUAAUUUUUUGUAACGUUACUUACAUUGUUCGUAAUGUUGUAGACCUAGGUGCAUUCAAUAAAGAAUUCCCUUUCAUAUUUUUUUAAAUAAAGUUCUUGCACUAUAA